AUGACCCAUCAAAGAAUCCGAGUCGUCAGACUCGCUCACGUCUACUACCAACACCCAAAUCUUCAGACGGCACUUGAUUUUCUCGGCGACUUUGGAUUUAUCGAGCAGGCCAGAGACGGAGUAGGCAAAGUAUAUCUACGAGGCUACGGAGAGCAGCCGUAUAUCUACGUUGCUGAGCAGUCCCCUGAUGACAGCAGACAUUUUCUUGGUGCCGCGUGGGCUGUAGAAACCCGCUCCGAUCUAGACAUCGCAGCCGGAGUCGACAGUGCUACCCCAAUCCGCAAGAACGACGGUCCAGGAGGCGGCGAGAUUGUAUCCAUAAAAGAUCCCAAUGGCAUGUUCGUUCAUUUUGUACACGGACAGGAGUUGAGGCAGCCUGUCACGGGUAGUUCGUUGCCAGUCUUGGAGAAGACAGUUUCGGUCUCUAACACGGUGACGAGAAAAGAUCGCAAAGGCGACUUUCGCAGGUUCACGCCCGGACCUAGCCCAAUUCACAAAUUGGGUCAUUAUGGUUACGGUGUUCCACGGAACAAUUUCAAAUUAACGUUGAAUUGGUAUUUGAAGACAUUAAACCUAAAGGAGACCGACUCUGUCUUUAACCCCAUCACGGGUGACGAUGAGACAUGCUUUUUACAUAUUGAUUUGGGUGAUCAGUUCACAGACCAUCAUAGUUUCUUCGUCGCGGCCACUGAUGCGCCGCACGCAUUUGUUCACCAUUCGAGCUAUGAGGUGAACGAUUUCGAUACGGAAACUCUGGGUCACGAUUGGCUUCUCAAGAAAGGCUGGAAGAAUUGCUGGGGACUUGGACGACAUGUCCUUGGCAGCCAAAUCUUCGACUAUUGGUGA